UACGAAUUACAGCUUUGAAGCAUGUCAUCUAAAAAGCGCCUAGGGGCACGCCGCCAGGGUACGGCUGCUGUCCCACUCAAUGAAUAUUUCUGCAGCGACGAGGAGCCGCAAAAUACCUCGAAUCCGGUCGGUUCCGUUGGCACGAUCACUGGAUCAAACGAAUUCAGUCACACCAGCAUUGUUACCCCUAUUCUAACCCCAACGUCUCAAGACAACGAUCAAAAGCCAUCAAACUCUACAUCUGUGGCUGCCACUCUGCCAGCAUUCGACUGGGACUCUGACGAUAUCGAAGGUGCUCCAAAUAAAGCCGAACAGGCACCGUCGCUAACAGUCCAGACUUCUGAAAACGCAUGCGAACAUCCACUUUCAAUUGUUGGAGCCAAGAUGAGGGCUCCUCUGGCUAAUGAGGAUGCAUAUUGGCACGAUCCGGCGCUACCUUUAAAGCCCGAUAAGCUCGAAUCGAUAGCCAAAUGGCUAAGCUCGCUGCCCACAAAAAUACAGAGCACAUGGCAGCAGCUGGAGCAGCCUGAGGCUCUUGACCAGGGCCGGGCUUUACUCGAUCAUCCUCUGAAUGAUGCCGAUGCCGAUGCCUUUUCACUCUCUGCUAGUGAAAACACAAACACUGGCACUGCCAUACACGAUUGGGGAAUAGGACCACAGGCCCAGGAAGCAGAGGCCACUCAGCGUGCCAGAAUGAACUUCACCCGCCGUCCCCGACGCAAGAUAGGCUCCAUUGCGGCAAAGGAUUUGAUGAAAAUGGAAAAUCCCAUGCCGCAACCGCAACCGUUGCCAUACAACUAUUAUUGCAGUGCUCCAGCACCUCAGGCUCCGGCUCCAUCUACUUAUUCGGCUCCUGGUCCGAAUCCGAUUAUACUAUCGGCUAUUCCAUCCUUUGCUCCUGAGGCAUUGGCUUUAAAUCCAGGGUUAUUGCCCAUAGAAGUGCUUUUGGUGCCUGAACGGAUUGAUAUUCCAAAGAAUGUUAUAACAUCCCAGGUAGUCUAUCGCCCACAGACAGGCGAAAUAUUGGCACGGGAAGAUCGACUGCCGCCGCAGCCCCCUGCGCCCAUGGAGAACUGCCACCCGAUGUUGAACCAGUCGGUUUUUCGGCUUGCCAGCCUCCCAAUCACUGGGGUGGGAACGGGGACAGAUCAUGCUGUGGCUACUACUACACAGUUGGAUGGUUUCGGACUGCCAUCCUCUAUAUCAGGUCCCAGCCAGGAAUUGCCAUCCCUCAGUUCUUGGUACCACAAAGAAUCAAACCCAUCGUAUAUAUUCGCGUCCCAGGAGACAGAAGUGGUGUCUUUGUGCCAAAAUUCGGACAUUUACCGUUGUCCCAUGAGUUCUUUGUACCAAAACCAGGAACAAAAUAUUACUUCAAUGAGCAACCUGCUGCAGCAGGAUUUUAUGGACAACAAACACGCGAUGGACAACCUCAAAACGGACCACGAUAUUGGCCAGCAUACACACCAAAUCCUGGAUACGAACAAUGCCCAAUCCCCCCUCGGCAAUUCUACCCGUGCGCAGGGAUGGGAGGAGGGAUGGAACCUCAGUCAGGGGGAUUUGGCCAGGGAUAUAAUGCACAGCCGCCCGCUCCUCAAUAUGGACUUGGAGGACAACAACCAACAGGCAAUUGGAAUUGAUAUUGAAAUUGACAAAGAAGACCCAGACACACAUGGCACAGUUCACAGUGCAAUCAAGUCUCUCCCAACUGCGGCUCCUCCAGGACAAUCGAGUUCUUCGACAGUGGCUCGGCAUCAGCUCUUUAGCCGGCGGCCAGCCAAUGAAGCCCACCCAAAGCCGGACCUCAACUUUGCGCCGUCGAGCGUGAAAAAGUUGUAUCAACUGAUAUGCUCGCAGUACUCGGACUAUGCCUUUAUCUAUGCCCUGAGCGCCCAGCUUAGCCAGGAGUGCGUACCCAUGGACUGUUACGUCUACUUGAAGAUGGUCCUGCUGGCCAGCAUUGCGUCCAUCGAGCCGGACGAGUUGCGGUCCCCCAUCUCGCUGUGCAUCAUUGCCACCGACAGCACCAUGGCCAAUCGUCUGAUGUCCAGUGUGGGUCAGUUGGCGCCACGUUUCCUGGGCCCGCACGAGGGCGGUCUGCAGGCCACGCACUCGGCACUGCCCGUGCGCUACAAUUGGGUGGUGGCCAGUCCCCUGCUGAUGGCCCAACAGGGCGUUUACUAUGUCGGUGACUGGACGCGUCUGUCCCGCGAGCAUGGCGAACAGCUGGAGAAGGCUAUCGAGAACGGAGCGGUGCCCGUGCCGCAGACCCAGGGCGAGCAGCCACUCGAGACCGCCAUUUGGACGCACUGGCAACCGGAGAAUGCCACCAAUCAGACAGUGGCCUUUGCCAAACUGUGCCCUAUCUUUGGCCUGCCCAUUUACAUGGGGGAGAAGGUGAGCGACAGCCUGUGGGGUUUUCUGCUCCAGCUGCACAGCGAGGACGGCCAGAAGACGGAGCAGGAUGGACUGAACGUACCUGAAGAGGAUUUGCGCAUGCUCCUCGGCUUGCUGCACAAGCGCAAGGUGGUCUUUGGGGAUGCGGCCCAAUUCUUGCUGCAAAAAUACUAUGUGAUCUCACGCAAGCAGCGACCAACUGUAUUCUCUAGCAAGACGUAUAUUGUGCUGAAACAGUUCGCCGAGUCGUUUGCCAAGCUGGCGAUGCGGUUGGAAGUCCUCGAAGCGGAUGUGAUCGUAGCCAUUUUUCAUUGCGAGCACUUUGUGCAGAAAAUAUUUGGUGCCCAAGAGAUGCCCGCACCAUCAAUGGAGACAUUCAGUGUGAUUUCCCACAUUGAUCCGUACAUGGAUGAGUUCACACGCUGGCUGUUGAACUACCUCGAUCGAUAUGGCGAGGAACAGCUGGGCAUUCAAGUCAAGCGCCGCAGUACCGGCAGCUGGGACCAAAUGGAAUAACACAACACUCAGUUAACUAUAAGUUUUCUAUUUUUUGGUUUUUUUUGUAUUUUUUUUUUGUAACUCGUAAGGCGCUCAAAGCAAACAAACAACUGCGAUGUGGUCUUACGCAUAUUAACCAGUUGUGAUUCAUCACCAUGUCGUUGGUGGCUCUAAGUGGUACAUUACCUUAUUACCUUUAGAAAAGGUACGAGAAAUGAAGCCAGGCAAAAGAAAUGCCAUGCCACUAACCGUUUUACUUUCAUACAUCUAUUAUUCCAAAUAUUCAAACAAACCAAAAAUGUCAUCACCAAAUAGGCAAAAAUAUAACAAUAAAUGUUUGGACAAUCCA